AUGGCAAGUUGCGGCGAAUAUAUUAAGAGCCAGUUUCCUCUCAUUGACGAGGAAUUAAAAAAAUAUGUUGAAGAUGUAUUGGAUAGUAGUGCAGGGGAGUUCGAGGAUAAAGAAGAGGUAUUUGAGGCCAUAGGGGAAGUAUUACAAGGGAUUUCAGAAAAAUCCGAAGAGGAUAUCAGAGAUAUUUGUGAAAAGUUGUUACAUAUGUUGCAACCCGAGAAAAGCAAAACAACAAAUGGUCCUCGUAAAGUUUUGGAUGCUCCAAUACACUUAGCUUCAAUGGCUGCUCCUGUUGUUGAAAGCAAUGAUGUUAAGAGUAUAUGGUUGCAAACAAGAGAUGAUAACUUUAAAGUUGACGCUAAGAAAUUAGAAAAGGCAGAAGCUAAACUACAACAGAAACAGCAGAAACAAAAGGAAGCAAAAGUACCAGUAGCAGCACCAGUUCUACAGACAGCCACUGCCUCUCAGGUCACGUCUAAGAAAGACAGUAAAUUAGAAGCUAAGGGCACCAAUCGAACUCAAGACAUAAGGAUAGAAAACUUUGAUAUUGCUUAUGGUGAUAGAGUACUAUUACAAGGUGCAGACCUUGUUCUAGCCUUCGGUCGACGGUAUGGUCUCGUAGGCAGAAAUGGACUUGGCAAAACAACACUUCUAAGAAUGAUAUCAGCUAAGCAACUGAAGAUACCGUCGCAUAUUUCAGUUCUUCAUGUGGAACAAGAAGUAGUUGGUGAUGACACAAUUGCAUUGCAAAGCGUGCUUGAAUGUGAUACUGUUAGAGAAAAUUUACUGAAACGAGAAAAGGAAAUUACGGCUUCUAUAAAUAAUGGUUCGACAGAUCCCAGCCUAUCAGCAGAACUAACAGAAAUAUAUGCGCAGCUAGAAAACAUUGAAGCAGAUAAAGCUCCGGCUCGAGCAUCCAUUAUAUUGAGUGGUUUAGGAUUUUCUCCAGAAAUGCAAGCUCGGGCAACAAGAACCUUCUCUGGUGGUUGGAGAAUGAGAUUAGCUUUGGCAAGAGCACUUUUCUCUAAACCGGAUCUCCUGCUGCUUGACGAGCCCACUAACAUGUUGGAUAUAAAGGCUAUCAUUUGGCUUGAGAGCUAUCUCCAGAACUGGCCGACCACGUUACUCGUCGUGUCUCACGACAGAAAUUUCCUUGACACAGUACCAACUGACAUAAUGCAUUUACAUUCACAGCGAAUUGAUACAUACAGGGGUAACUACGAACAAUUCCACAAGACUAAAACGGAGAAGCUAAAGAACCAGCAGCGUGAAUACGAAGCCCAGCAGCAGCACCGUGCGCACACGCAGGAGUUUAUUGACCGCUUCCGGUAUAAUGCCAAUCGUGCGUCUUCCGUGCAGAGCAAAAUAAAGAUGCUCGAAAAAUUACCAGAGUUGAAACCCAUAGAAAAGGAAAUUGAGGUAGUACUAAGGUUUCCUGAGACGGAGCCUCUCUCACCGCCAAUCUUGCAGUUGAACGAAGUUGGCUUCUACUAUUCAAAGGAUAAAGUGAUCUUCACCAACGUCAAUUUGGGAGCUACCCUCGAAUCUAGGAUAUGUAUUGUAGGUGACAACGGAGCAGGAAAGACUACCUUACUGAAGAUCAUAAUGGGGAUCCUGUCACCCACCAGCGGAAUCCGCAGCGUUCACCGCGGCCUCAAGUUCGGAUACUUUUCUCAGCAUCACGUUGACCAGCUCGAAAUGAAUGUCAACUCGGUGGAGCUAUUACAGAAGAACUACCCUGGUAAGACCAUAGAAGAAUAUAGGAGACAGUUGGGAAGCUUCGGGGUGAGUGGGGACCUCGCCCUCCAGACAAUAGCCAGUCUCUCCGGAGGGCAGAAGUCCAGGGUGGCCUUCGCUAACAUGUGCCUCGGGAACCCCAACUUUUUGGUCCUCGACGAGCCGACCAAUCACUUGGACAUUGAAACAAUUGAAGCCCUCGGAAAGGGAAUAAACAAAUACACGGGCGGUGUUAUUCUUGUAUCUCACGACGAGAGGUUAAUACGAAUGGUGUGCAAAGAACUCUGGGUAUGCGGAAGCGGGUCCGUGAAGAGCAUAGAGGGCGGAUUCGACGAGUAUCGCAAGAUUGUCGAAAGGGAACUCGAAGCGCAAAACAAGUGA